AUGAUAAGCUCUUACGCAAAUACGAUUACUUUUGUACCAUAUUUUAUUAUUACUCAACAAAAUAAUUCAAGAAAGUCUCCACUUGAAUUAAAUGCUACUAUGGAACAUUCUAGUGAACCAAAAUCUCGAAUUAAGAGGACUAAGUAG